AUUGACCCAAACGAUAGGUAUUCGGAAUGCAGUGAGCAUCAUCGCUGCCUGGUUCGCGGGCAGGUUCAUCGGAGCAGGCAGCUAGCGAUCCGCCACGCCGAUUGUCGUCCGGCCGGUUCAGCAUCGCCAACCGGCCGAAGAUUCAGGAUUUUGAGCUCCUCUGUCCGGGGGACGUCGCAACAGCACCCAUCGGUCGCAACGUCGCCACAAAACCUUGCAUCCCUUCUGGCCAUAUCCCCCCCGAUCUGAUCUAUAUUAUGAUUGACUCUCAUUGAUUGCAUCCAUCGGAUGGACAUAUCCCUCGAACCUUCCCAACUCCCGCUUGCACUGCACAAGUCAAUCCUCAUCUCUUACGUCCGCGCCAUUGAAUCUCCCUUAGCCGCAACUCUCCACAAUGCCCAAACUCAAGGUGCUAAUUUCCGGCGGAGGCGUCGCCGGCACCGCCCUGGCCUUCUGGCUUUCCAAGCUCAACCACGACGUCACCGUCGUCGAACACUUCUCAACCCUCCGCACUACCGGCCUCCAAAUUGACCUAAGAGGCCACGGUAUCGAAGUGCUCAAGCGCAUGGGCCUGGAGUCUGCCUUCCGCGCCAAAGCCGCACCGGAAGAGGGGAUGCAGUUUGUGGAUCGAGCGGGUAGGAAUCGAGCCUACUUCGGCGCGAACAAGACUGGGUCUGGAGCGCAAGGCAUCACCAGCGACUACGAAAUCAUGCGAGGUGACUUGUGCCGGAUCAUCCAUGAUGCGACCGGCGAGAGCGCCAAAUAUGUAUUCGGGACGUCGGUGACGAGCAUUCGACAAACUGGUGAUGGCGUCGAAGCCACCUUCAGAGAUGGCCAUACUGAGAAAUACGAUCUCCUGGUAGGGUGCGAUGGCGCCUUCUCCUCUACCCGAAAGAUGAUGCUGGCCGCGGACGACGCGACUGCCGGCUUCAAUCCGAUCGGCGAUUACAAUGCGUACAUGACCUUCAAACGACCCAUAGAAGAGGGCGAGCGCUACGUGGGAAUGAUGUACCUCGCAACGGAAAAACGGGCCUUGUUGACUCGGAGGCAUAGUCCCGAGGACAUGCAGCUGUACCUUCUCAUGUCCAAAGCGGACCCACGACUGCUGGAUGUCCGCCGAGGUGACGUGGAGGCGGAGAAACAGGCCUUCGCCGAGAUCUUUCGCGAUGCGGGCUGGCGGACGCCAGAGCUGUUGAAGGAGAUGCAGCAGGCAGACGACUUUUAUUGCGAACGAAUAGGCAUUGUCAAGCUGGACUCCUGGCACGAGGGACAUGUUGCUCUGUUGGGAGACGCUGCGUCCAGCCCUGGAGGGUCAGGCAUGGGCACCUCCUGCGCUAUGAUCGGGGCCUACGUUCUCGCAGGCGAGAUCGGCCGGCAGUGCGGACGUGGCGACGACAGUCCAGCCGAGACAUCGAGAGAGGGAGUGCCGGCCGCGCUGAAAGCAUACGACGAUCGAUUCCGGCCAUUCAUGGACAUCGUCCAAAAAGGCCUGGACAACCCGCCAAGCUUCCUUAUGCCCUCGAGCGCGUGGGCUAUUGCCUUGGUGCACGUGGUCUUGCAGGUUGCAAGCUGGCUGUGGAUCGAUCCGGUCAUGCAGUAUUUCAUGAAAGAAAAGGCCUCGCAGUGGAGUCUGCCGGAGUACGAGGAGCUGCGGGACUCGGAGAGGGGCGUCGAUGCUGAACCAUGAUCCGCUUGGAUCAACGGCGCUGGACUGGAAGAGUGGGUGUUUAGUUCCGCUCAAUAUUUAUGAUACUCCCCAUGUAAACAAUGUGUACAAUACAAAAUCGAU